AUGUUAUUACUUUGGAAAAGAACAUUUCGCAUUGCCACAACUAUUCUCAAGCAUUCUCGACUCCUCUAUCCAAAGAUAAAUUUCCGUAGUUUAAGCACAGGCAACACGAAAGUUUCUUGUGAGGAUCAUGAACCUUCUUUUUUGGAUUCUGUUAUGAUAUAUUAUGAUAAGGCGGCAAGGUUUAGUGGAGUAUCCGAAAAGACUCUCUCUCAUCUCAAAGCUCCAGAUUGUUCACUUCAAGUUACAUUUCCAAUUGAGAUCGAAGAUGAUAAAGUCGAAAUAUUGACAGUCGAAGAACAAGAAGUCUCAGCCUUGGCUGCGCUUAUGACUUAUAAAUGUGCUAUUGUCGACGUUCCCUUUGGAGGAGCAAAAGGUGGAAUCGCAAUUGAUCCCAAAAAAUUUACUGUAGCACAAUUGGAAAGAAUUACACGACGUUAUACAGUAGAACUAUGUCAAAAGGCAUUUAUUGGACCAGGUGUUGAUGUCCCUGCACCAGAUGUGGGUACUGGAGCACGUGAAAUGGCAUGGAUCAUGGAUACGUAUAGACAAUUUCAUCCUAAUGAUGUAGAUUCGAUUGGUUGCGUCACCGGUAAACCGAUAUCUCUAGGUGGCGUUAGGGGAAGGAACGAAGCUACUGGAAUAGGUGUGUAUUAUUGUGUAAGAGAAUUUCUCUCUUAUCCUGAAGUACAAAAAGCAACUGGACUUAGUGAAAAAAUUAGGGAUAAAAGAAUUGUCAUUCAAGGCUUUGGUAAAGUUGGUUAUUUUGCUGCAAAAUUUUUUGAAAAAAAUGGUGCAAAGAUUAUAGGUAUUGGAGAAAAGGAAUGUGGUGCUUAUAAUCCUAAUGGCAUUAAUAUUGAAGAAUUGUUCAAUUAUCAUGUUAAAACCGGAACUUUUCGUGGUGCUCCCAAUGUCGAUGUUAUUGAGGAUACUUUAAAAAUUCUCGAAUUGGAUUGUGAUAUUCUUAUACCAGCAGCGUUAGAAAGACAAAUUGGCUUAAAGAAUGUAACGAAAAUUAAUGCAAAAAUUAUAGGUGAGGCUGCAAAUGGACCUAUAACUCCAGGAGCAAAUGACAUUCUUAAUGAAAAAGGAAUCAUAAUUUUGCCCGAUUUGUUACUUAAUGCUGGUGGUGUAACUGUGUCAUAUUUCGAAUGGUUAAAGAAUUUGUCACACAUGAGAUUUGGACGUAUGACUAAAAAAUGGGAUGAACUUGGAAAAUCAAAAUUAGUAGAAUUAGUUGAGAAUAACGUUGGUAGACAUUUAACUGAAGCUGAAAGAAAAAAUAUAGUUCAAGGAGCCGAGGAACUUGAUUUGGUUUAUUCUGGACUGGAAGAUACGAUGAUUGGAGCUUGUCAGGAAACGAGAAGUACCGCUACCUCUAAGGGAUUGGAUUUCAGAACUGCAGCAUUUGUAAAUGCUAUUCAAAAAAUUUCAACUGUUUAUGAAGGUUCAGGAAUGAUGUUUAUGAAUUAA